AUGGCGGGAGGACGGCGCGGGCUCGUGGCGCCGCAGAACACCUUUUUGGAGAACGUGGUGCGCAGGUCCAGCGAUACAAACUUCGUCUUGGGAAACGCUCAGAUCGUGGACUGGCCAAUCGUCUACAGCAACGAUGGAUUCUGUAAACUGUCUGGAUACCACAGGGCUGAGGUGAUGCAGAAGAGCGCCACCUGCAGCUUCAUGUACGGCGAGUUGACGGACAAAGAGACCGGAGAGAAGGUCAGGCAGACGUUUGAAAACUACGACAUGAACUCCUUUGAGAUCCUCAUGUACAAGAAGAACAGACUUCCUGUUUGGUUCUUCGUGAAAAUCGCUCCCAUCAGAAACGAACAGGACAAAGUGGUUCUGUUUCUCUGCACCUUCAGUGACAUCACAGCCUUCAAGCAGCCAAUCGAGGACGAGGCUACAAAAAGUUGGGGUAAAUUUGCUCGUCUGACUCGUGCUCUGACCAGCAGCAGAGGAGUCCUGCAGCAGCUCGCCCCUGCUGUGCACAAAGGAGAGAAUGUGCACAAACACUCCAGACUCGCAGAGGUUCUUCAGCUGGGCUCUGACAUCCUGCCUCAGUACAAACAGGAGACCCCAAAAACCCCUCCUCACAUCAUCCUACACUACUGCCUCUUCAAGACCACAUGGGACUGGGUCAUCCUCAUCCUCACCUUCUACACGGCCAUCAUGGUCCCGUACAACGUGUCCUUCAAGACCAAGCAGAACAACGUGACCUGGCUGGUGGUGGACAGCGUGGUUGACGUCAUCUUCCUGGUGGACAUAGUUCUGAACUUCCACACCACAUUCGUCGGUCCGGCCGGAGAGGUUAUCUCCGACCCCAAGCUGAUCCGGAUGAACUACGUGAAGACGUGGUUUGUGAUCGACCUGUUGUCCUGUCUGCCCUAUGACGUCAUCAAUGCCUUUGAGAAUGUGGACGAGGGCAUCAGCUCCCUUUUCAGUUCUCUGAAGGUAGUGCGGUUGCUGCGUUUGGGUCGUGUGGCUCGUAAACUGGACCAUUACAUCGAGUACGGCGCCGCCGUCCUGGUUCUGCUCGUGUGUGUGUUCGGACUCGCCGCUCACUGGCUGGCCUGCAUCUGGUAUAGCAUCGGGGACUACGAGGUGAUAGACGAGGAGCGUAACAGCGUGCGCACUGACAGCUGGCUCUUCCUGUUGGGGGAGACGGUGGGCGCCCCCUACAGGUUCAAUGUGUCGGGGUCGAGCCGGUGGGAGGGGGGUCCAGGCAAACACUCGGUCUACAUCACCUCGCUGUACUUCACCAUGACCAGCCUCACCUCCAUCGGCUUCGGCAACAUCGCCCCCAACACAGACGGAGAGAAAAUCUUCGCCGUCGCCAUGAUGAUGAUCGGAUCUCUUCUUUACGCCACCAUUUUCGGGAAUGUAACGACAAUCUUCCAGCAGAUGUACGCCAACACAAACCGCUACCACGAGAUGCUCAACAGCGUCAGGGACUUCCUCACCCUCUACCAGGUCCCCAAAGGUUUGAGUGAACGUGUCAUGGACUACAUCGUGUCCACCUGGUCCAUGACCCGAGGCAUCGACACUGACAAGGUGCUGCAGAUUUGCCCUAAAGACAUGCGUGCUGACAUCUGCGUCCACCUCAACCGUAAGGUGUUCAAGGAGCACCCCGCCUUCAGGUUGGCGAGUGACGGCUGCCUCCGCGCUCUGGCCGUGCAGUUCCAGAUGAUCCACUCGGCGCCCGGGGACCUGAUCUUUCACGCGGGCGAGAGCGUUGACAGUCUCUGCUUUGUGGUGGCGGGGUCUCUGGAGGUCAUUCAGGAUGAUGAGGUGGUUGCAAUAUUGGGUAAAGGCGAUGUGUUCGGGGAUGUGUUCUGGAAGGAGAUGACGCUAGCUCAGUCGUGCGCUAACGUCCGUGCGCUAACAUACUGCGACCUGCACAUCAUCAAACGCGACGCUCUCCAGAAAGUGCUUGAGUUUUACUCCGCAUUCGCCAACCACUUCGCCCGCAGCCUCCUCCUCACCUACAACCUGAGGAAACGGAUAAUAUUCCGUAAGAUCAUCGACGUGAAGCGGGAGGAAGAGGAGAUGCUGAAGAGGAAGAACGAAGCACCACUGAACCUGCCUCCCGAUCACCCCGUGCGCCGCCUGUUCCAGCGUUUUCGCCAACAAAGGGAGGCACGGAUGGCGGCCGAACGCGGAGUCUCCGCCCAACUCUGUGACAUUGAGAGAGGCAUCAUCCAUUGCGAAGCCCCACCACCCCAGAUCCUCGCCUCCACCAGCAUCGUCACGGUAACCGAACACCCAGCCGAGACUGUGCCCACCUCAUCCGCCGCUCCGGCCGUGAGGAGCGGCAGCCGUGGUACUCAAAAUGGCGUCGUGUGUAAAACAGUGGAGCCCCCGAAAGCCAAAGGGUGGGGCCGCUUCAGGGAGGCAGUGAAGGCGGAGUCAUGGAGCAGCGUGUCCAAAGCCGAAUCCUUGGAAACGCUCCCGGAUCGGACCAAAUCCCAAGAUCAGCUGGUCUCCCUGAAGAAGACGGACUCAUGCGACAGCGGCAUCACCAAAAGCGACUUGCGAUUGGACGACGUGUGCGAGCCGCCGACACCACGGCAACACAGCCCCGAUGCUGCGGAUGAGAAGAGGGCUGUGAGCAAUGACGCGUCACAGCAGCAAGCUAUCCACGCCGCCUUCACUGAGCUGAGGCGGGACAUACGAGAGGACAUGCAGGCUUUGGACAGACGCAUGGGGGCGCUAGAGAGCCAACUCACACAAAUGCUGCGGCUACUCAAGUCCAGGAAGUCGUCGGGGUCAUUCUUCGAGAUCUCACGGCCGCCCUCGCCAGACUCCGAUAGCUUCACUUAA